CACAGGAGUGGUACGAAGACAUCGGCAUGCUAUACCGCGCUGCAUGUUCUUGGAUUUUGUCACCGCCGCGAGACUAUUUUGUGCAAAACACGUUCUUACUCAUACGCCAACGUCCCCGACGCCCUCCUCUCCGUCUUCCCCCCACACUACCGACCUUUCAUGCUCCGGAAUGGCACCUCUCGAAAACGUUGUCGCGGUGACUACCGCUCACCCCCAGACCGAUCUACUCAAAACAGGCGCGACUUUUCAAGACGUAGACGCACUCAUCCACGGCGCGUUCUACAUACCCUCAACCCCUGGCGGCGCGACCUCUUCGCCCUCGCCUGGGACAUCUGCACCUUCUGCGGCCACUAUGUGACUUUGCAGCUCCUGGCUAAUCGGCUCGCUGUGACGCGGUAUAGCGACAUUGCGCCCAUCAAGGCGACGCACCAGACGCUGUACCCGGACCUCGCCUGGGCCGUUUUUUCCAUCGCGUUUAAAAAGAACGUUGCGUUCUGACACGGAGAGGUACGGCUGGUGUGCUGUGCCGACGCGGCGUGGUGGGCGGUGACAAUGUACACGAACUCGGAGGGCCUCAGGGACUUCCCCGAACGCGUCAGACCCCAUCGUAAUUUCAUUCCCGACAAUAGCGAGUGGACGUCAGGCAUAUGACUCGUGGAGGACCCUGUUGUGCUGAUUAUCGGCGGAGGACAAAGCGAUUGGCUGGAUGCGCUGAGCAUGUUGAACCUCGUGGUGGGGACGGACGGGCGGGCGGACGGUUCUCCCUCUUAACUGAUCUGUGUUUAUACAGAGGUACG